AUGUCCUUGUCGAAAGUCCUCUCCCUUGCGCUUAUCUUAGCGGUGGCUCGCGCCAGCCCAGUCCUCAACAACCCAUCCCCAGUCCUCCGUCGCGACCCACCCGCGCCUUCUACCUACCCGCUUGGCGAAGCUUGCGACCACGAGUGGCAGUACCUCAAUUUCAACCCGGACGAUGACACCGAUAAGGCCCAUCUCGAGUUACUUCACUAUGUCAUCUGCAGUCGCGAAAUACGCAUGAUGUCCAUACUUGGCCAAAUCUCGGCUAAGGACGUCCUUGCGCCCUAUAAGCGCUAUUUCCCAGAAAGCGAUGAGGAAGACGACUUCCAGACCCAUGUCAAGGAUGUCUUAGGCCUAAUUGCAGGUACGAGCAGUCCCGACGAACUGAUUGGGACUGUUGUCGGGACGUUUGUUGUAGAUAAUCUUGACUUUGCCGCGGACGAUUCAAAUGAGGCCGACUGCAACGACGAGGGCACCCUAGCCUACACACUCACCGACCGACUCGACAGCCGCGAGAAGAUCCAUUUCUGCGACCCCUCGUGGACUCGUGGAAAGGCCGACGACGUCGACUGCGCUUCCUUGGACCCUUUCCCUAGCACGAAGAUGGACUCCUUCUCGCGCAUCGCGCUACACGAAAUGUUGCACUACAGCUCCGUUGGCCCUGAGACGUCCUUGGCGCAACAGAUCAUAGACGUGAAGAACGAAGAUGGCGAGCCGGCGUAUGAUCCCCCGCGUGUGCAUGGCCUCAUUGACCCGGAGCAAGACGAAAACCCCGCCAUGCCGGAGAUUAAUGCCGAUAGCUAUGCUUGGAUGUCGUUGGACGCUGGGAUUAGUUUUAAGUGCAUGAGAGAUUGGGGUAACAGUGACUGGGCGUCGUUUUUCAGUCAAAACCCACCGCCGUAUGAGGCCGCGGAGUGA